GACUACUUUGAGCGACGCUGCGACGGUCAUCCAGCUUUGGUAUGACGACGACGACGACGUUGCGUUUCCUUUGAUCGCGAGCGCUUCCUCUCAUUGCGAGCGCCUCCUCUAAUCGCGAGCGCUUCCUCUAAUCGCACGCAAGGACCACGCCCGUCGCGCCAUGUCAUCCCCAACUCCAACCGCCACCCCUCCUUCAUCUGCCUCCCCUGCCCCACGACCACGCCGCGUACUGGCGCCCUCGAUCCCCACGCGCAAGACGUCCCAUCCGGAUACACGCGGCGCAGGUGCAGGGACAGGAUCGCCCAGUGCCGCCUCCCUUGCACAGCUCAUCGCCCAAGCUGCCAGGGUGAGGGCGGCACAGAAUGCUAGUAGUCGCGAUGUAGAAGCCACACCUGCACCACAGGCAGGGACAGCCCCUUCGUCUUCGGCCUCGACGCCUACUCCCACACCACCCGCGCCCGCACAAACACAUGCAAAAACGGACAGCGUCUCGUCUCUCGGCUCGUCAUGGGCAGAGUACGCAAACAUGAUCGACUCGGACUCCCUCUCUUUCGGCGACAUUCAGGAGCAGGCACGCGUCAGCAGGGCAUUGAGUCCUCGUGUCGUGGAGGAGGCCCUUCAUCUGGCGCGCGAACAGGAAGAGGGGGUCAUUACGGCCGAUGCGGCGCCUCUAUUGAGUCCCUUUGCGGGGGAGAGGCUGCUCAGCGCGGGGGCAAGCGGUAGUGUGACGGCGCAGAGUACUCCGCGUGGGGUCCUGGGUGGGGAUGAGAGUGAUGAUGAGGAGCGGGAGGAGGGCGAGGAGGGCGAGGAGGGCGAGGAAAUCACAUUCAGACGCCUCUCGAACGCCGCGGAGGCGAGCACGGCGACGACGGCGACUCCAGUCCAAGGAUUGGGCAUCGAGACGCCAUCCUCGCCCCUCUCCCUCCCCACGGCGACAAAAAGGGGUUCAUCCACGUCCCCCGGUCGUAUGGAAGAAUUGCAAGAGGAAGACGAAGAGGGUCACGACGACGGCGCCGCAAUCCGGCCACGCCGUCCGCGAGACAGGGAAAGCUCCGUCAACACCUUUGGCGCCUCGCAAUCACGCCACUCCACGUCCAGCUCUCUCGGCUCCCUCGAUGCGACGAGCGCCAGCACCCCGCUCACAGUCACCUCGCCGUCGCCCGCCUCUCCCUCGACGCUACGCAGCCCCUCGACCCCCAGCUCCACAGCCAAACGUCGCAACAAGCCCGCCGUCCUCUCCCUCACUCCUUCCUCCCCUUACACGGCACGCAGCGCUGCUGGACUCGCCAGUCCUGUGGUGCGCGGGAGAACACCUCCCCCGACUCAACCGCCUGCUGAACCUCUGCCACCGCUCCCUGCGAGCGCGAGUGUGUCAGCUGCGGCGGCCGCAUUGAGUGCUAGUGUUGGGGUGGCGAGCAGAGAUGGCGAGGCAGGGGCAGCGGCGGGGAAGAGAGGAUCCAAUGGAAAUGGUACACACGCGUCCAACGGAAAUGGCACACAUGCUACUCGCCCGCGCACUACGUCUGCCAACGCCAACGCAGAGUCUCGCGCUGCAGCGGCCGUGGCGACGAACCACCUCGAGACGCUCGCUGGAGCCCAGAGCGCACAAGCAGUCCUACGUGCGACGCGGCCCGAGGCCAGUUGGGAUCAGACGCACCACGCGCGCAGGGAUGCUUCUGAUUCGGAGUCUACGGGCUCCGAGGGCGAAGGGUACGACGAUGACUUUGAGGAGGGGGACGAGCUGGAAGAGGAAGAGGCAGUAGUGCAGCAGGGUCGUUUGGUUCACUCACUCAUCAAGACCACCGACGGUACGGGACCGGGAAGCUCGAAUGCCAGCCAUGGGGCGUCGGCAUCGCGAUCGACGUCUACUGCCAGCGGAGGCCUGCAGCGCGCCCACUCCCUCAGCAAGGCGGAUCGAGUAGCACCCGCGCCCAAAGUCUCUGCUCCAAACAAUAACACGGCAGCGCCCAGCGAGUCGGGUAGCCACGACGAGAGCGGGCGUCGUCCCUCGCUCGUACAGGUGAAGCGACUUAAAUCCUCCGAGGCACUACAGGGCGACUGGAAAGCGCAGGGGGCCACGUCGCCGCCGCCUUCUACGUCGACGGACACAGCCGCGCCUACGACUGCCGACACCCUCCCGCCUACGACGGCUGACACGUCCCAGGACAGCACCGCGGGCAGUGGCGGCAAAGGCCUCGCUGCUACCUCGCCCCCCUUCUCCCGCAAAGCAUCCGCCUCGGACCUGCUUCGUCGCUCCCAGAUGGCAGAGGACCACGCCAGCUCGGGCGCGCACCACGCCAACUCGGGCGCCGCACGAGCUGAUCGCGCCUCUACACGCUUCACGGGCGUCUUUGGCGAAAUCGCCGUCGCCUUCAAACAGCUACAAGCAGAAAAACGCACCCUCGAAUCGAUCAUUCGUUCCACCACCCCGCUCGGCGGCUGGGGGGAGAAUGGCGAGGAGUUCCUUCGUUACCUCACGGCAAUGAACGCCAAGCUCGACCUCUCUUCGGGGGAGAUCCGCAAGCUCCUCGACCUCCUGGAACGACAGCGCGCGACGAUGGACUACAUGCUCAGCAUCCACGAGGCAGAGCUGGACGCCCAGCUGGACGAGGUAGACGAGGCACGCGAUGAGCUCGACGAGGCGUUGCAGGCUUUGGAGCAGCAAAAGGUUCUCGCGGCGCAGGGGGCUCGCGAGCUGGCAGCUGCCAGGCGCGACGCACUCGAUGCUCGGAGGGAUGCAGCGCGAGUGAGGGCGAGCGUGGCCGACGAGGAGCGAAAGCGUGAGCGAGCUAUUGCGGCGCUCGAGCAGGCGAGAGUGGGACUUAUGGCUGCUGAGCGCGUCAAGCGCGAGGGGGCACAGAGGGAGAGGCAACUCGUCCAGGAGCUCGAAGGGCUGCGAGAGGCAGAACGCGAUCAUGCUUCCCACGUCGAGGCGUUGGGCGCCGAGCAUGAGCGGGAGAUCUGGAACCUCAAGGAGGAACACGACCGACUGCUCGCUGAACGCGAUGAGGGGAUCGAGCGCGCGGCGGGAGAGCUCAUGGCUACGCAUUCCGAAGCCCUCGCUGAGCUGCGUAGCGCGCAGGCAGAGACGGUCGAUGAGCUUCAGGCGCGUAUAACGGCGUUGGAGCAGAGUCAGGAGGAAGGGGUGCGCGCCAAGCGGGAGUUGAUGGAGCGAUUGGAUGGGAGGGAGGGGGAGGUGAGUAGAUUAAAAGAGGAGCUGAGCGAGGUGAGCGCCAGUCGCGACGAGUACAAGGCAAAGUGGGAGGAGGAACAGCGAGAGAGGGGAAGAGCCGGGAGCGGGUCCACGGGCGGCGGUUCUACGGGCGCCGCAUCUACAUUUGAGGACAGUCCGACGAGGGGCGUUAGCGCGGCGACCACCACCCCCGCUUCUAGCGUCCCGCCAACAGAGCAAGUCAAACAGCUCCAAUCCCAGCUCCUGGAGCAACGCACCCGCGAGUCGCAAAUCCGUUCCGCCUACAAGCUGCUACGCGACGAGCAUCGCAGGUUGCAGAACUCGAGGAAGAGCGGGGGCGGUCCAGCGGGACCGGGCGCGACUGCGAGUACGGGCGGUGCGGGCUUCUCGCUAGGACCGGGCAGUAGGCACGGGCACGACAGUUGGGACCUGAGUCUCGGUGGUGGGGCAGCGGGCACACCAACAGUGAGCGGUGCCCCUCCCUCGUCGUACUUUGCCCCCUCCUCACCAACAAGCAUCGACGCUCCCCCCUCCUCGAUCUCCAACGCCCGCGGCGGUCGCGCCCUCAAACGACUCAGUCUCCCCCUCGCAUCCGCUACGGCCACUCCUGGCACUCCUGGCGGCGUUGGUGCCGGCGGUGCACCAGGAGUCACCACGCCAGGCUCGGCGGCGGCGGCUGCCGGUCUGGGCUUCGGGUACGGUUUCCCCGAGCACGUCGUGAAUGCACUGAGCGCGCAGUCCUCGGCUGGCGGGGUAGGCAGGGGAAGGGGCGAUUCGACCACGAGCAGCAUUACGAGCGGCGGCAAUGGGACCGGGCAGUUGCACCAUCGCGGUAGUUUUGCGGGAUCAUUGCAUGGCGGGCAGCCCGUCAGUCCUACCACUUCUACGUCGCUGUCCGCACAGCAGGGCGAUUCGUCGCCUGCUCACCGUGAGCGCGAUGGUGAUAAGGGGGCCGGGGAGGGUGAGGGAGAGGAGGUAGAGGAGAUUCAGACACCGGCCACUCCUAGUGCCACCGGUGCUGGCGCAGGGAUAGGCUACAUCUCGCGGGGAUACAUUCCGUCGAGCCCGAGCCCGAGUGCGGGGAGUGUCGCGGGGGGAGCGAGUGGGGCUGCUUGAGAGGGUAGACUCCUUUACAUUACAUUGCGGUCACGAGGAGGGACCGCGGACCGCGCUACUUCUUCGCUCCGUCGCCUCGCUCCCUCGCGAGAUUUCAUACUGCUUGCUAAUCAAGAAUGUCAUUACGUGAUGCAAG